UCAAGUCACGAGCGUAUUUCGAACGGCACUUGUGCAACCGAGCAACGAAAGUCGUCGAAAAAGCUCACAGUCAGACUGUGUGUGCGAGUGCGUGUGCGUGUGUAUUUGUGUGGAACGUGUUGCUGCCCCUUCAGCCAGCUGGGCAUUGUGUUGAAUAAAAGCUUGCGCACGAACUUUCCAAAACUCACCACGGCGCCAACGACUACAGAUCGACGGCCAGAGAGUUGUCGACGUCGCCGCGUGUAAUAAAAGAAGCAAAUUUGAGUUGGUUUUUGGGCUUUGGCGUCGGCUUCGAGAAAUUGUGCGCGACAACGUAGCAAACAGUGUAAAUGGAGCUUUGAUAGCGAACGGAAGGACAAAAAACUCUGCUGCCGCUGCUCAAAGCCGAUCUCGAUUCGAGUGUUUUCUUAACAUUGUGUUUGAUUAAUCAGUAAGAAAAACAUAUAUAAAGCCAACUGCUGACAAGCUAAAGACAAACUGUGCGCGUGCUAUCAACUCUAGAGGGUAAACAAAAUGGCAAAACUUUUUGUUGUUUUUGCCGUUUUGGCUUUGGCGGCCAUUGGCUCAGCCAGUGCUGCGGAGGUGCGUGUUAAACGUCAGGCCACCACCGAGGAGCCCAAGAAGGAGGAGUCCUUUGAAAAGGAGCUGUGCAAGGACAAAGAUGCCGGCGAAUGGUUCCGUCUGGUAGCUGGCGAAGGCGACAAUUGCCGCGAUGUCAUUCAGUGCACCUCAUCGGGCCUGCAAGCUAUUCGUUGUCCCGCUGGCCUCUUCUUCGAUAUUGAGAAGCAGACCUGCGACUGGAAGGAGUCGGUGAAGAACUGCAAGAGCAAGAACAAGGAGCGCCGUGUGAAGCCACUGCUGCACACCGACGAGCCACUCUGCCAGGAUGGCUUCCUGGCCUGCGGCGAUGGCAACUGCAUUGAGCGUGGUCUGUUCUGCAACGGCGAGAAGGAUUGCUCAGACGGCUCCGAUGAGAACACUUGCGACAUUGAUAACGAUCCCAAUCGCGCUCCACCCUGCGAUCCCGCUGUUUGCGUGCUGCCCGAUUGCUUCUGCUCAGAAGAUGGCACCUCGAUUCCCGGCGAUUUGCCCGCCAAGGAUGUGCCCAUGAUGAUCACGAUCACGUUCGACGAUGCCAUCAACAACAACAACAUUGAGCUCUACAAGGAGAUGUUCAAGGGCCGCAAGAAUCCCAAUGGCUGCGACAUCAAGGCCACCUACUUCGUCUCCCACAAGUACACCAACUACUCGGCAGUCCAGGAGACUUCGCGCAAGGGCCAUGAGAUCGCCGUGCACUCGAUCACCCACAAUGACGAGGAGCGCUUCUGGUCGAAUGCCACAGUCGAUGACUGGGCCAAGGAAAUGGCUGGCAUGAGAAUCAUUAUUGAGAAAUACGCCAACAUUACGGACAAUUCGGUUGUGGGUGUGCGUGCUCCUUAUCUGCGCGUGGGCGGCAACAAUCAGUUCACCAUGAUGGAGGAGCAGGCGUUCCUCUAUGACUCGACCAUCACCGCGCCCCUGUCCAAUCCUCCACUGUGGCCCUAUACCAUGUACUUCCGUAUGCCCCAUCGCUGUCACGGCAAUCUGCAGAGUUGCCCCACCAGAUCCCAUGCCGUGUGGGAGAUGGUGAUGAAUGAACUGGAUCGUCGUGAGGAUCCUGCCAAUGAUGAAUAUCUGCCUGGCUGCGCUAUGGUCGACUCCUGCUCGAACAUUCUGACUGGCGAUCAGUUCUACAAUUUCCUGAAUCAUAAUUUCGAUCGCCAUUACGAUCAGAAUCGUGCUCCACUCGGCUUGUAUUUCCAUGCUGCCUGGCUGAAGAACAAUCCCGAGUUCCUCGACGCCUUCCUCUACUGGAUCGAUGAGAUCCUGGCAAAUCACAACGAUGUCUACUUUGUGACCAUGACACAGGUGAUACAGUGGAUGCAGAAUCCACGCACCGUCAGCGAGGUCAAGAACUUCGAGCCCUGGAGGGAGAAGUGCGUGGUCGAAGGCAAGCCCGCCUGCUGGGUGCCCAACACCUGCAAGCUCACCUCCAAGGAGGUUCCCGGGGAGACUAUCAAUCUGCAGACCUGCGUCCGCUGCCCCAAUAACUACCCAUGGGUCAACGAUCCCACCGGCGAUGGUUUCUUCUAAGUCAGAGUGAGAGAGUGAGAGAGCGAGAGAGAGAAGAGCGAAAGAGUUAGUGCGUUAGCAUUCAAGCAGCCCCAAUCCAAAUUCCUACAGUCACCCAAACAACUCGACUUUUAUUAUUUCAAUAUACUCAAGACUUUUUUAUAUAUUGUACAUUUUAUUUUGACUGUGCCGCGUUUUCUCAGAACGCUACAAAAACGCGCACGGCUAAGUCUGCUGUGUUACGUUAUUAAAAGAAAAUGAAAAUGAAAAGAAAGAAAAACAACAACAAACAAAAAGAACAACAAAAAU